UUUUCAUCUUUUGGUAGUAGUUGCAAUUGCCGGUGAUGUCUCCUCUAUCUAUGUGUUGUUGUUUGCGAAGGUUCCCGAAAUGCAAACGCAAACGUUUCUUUCAAAACAGGUCAUGUUGAUGAUCAUGAUCGGUUGUGUUGUCACGUGCGCCCCAGACCCAGUUCGUUACACCCCCGGGCUUAGCGCUUUUUGGAUUUUUGCUUUUCUUUGAUUGAUUUUGAGGUGAAACAAGUAGAACAAGAUGCUCUUCGACAGAUAUAGUUUUCAGAACUCGUUCUCGUUCUCGUGUACUUGCUUCAGCUUCGGCUUCCACAGUUAUAGUUUUUUGCUAAAAGCUUCUCGUUGAAUCCAACUCCAACGCCUUGUUCCGUAAUUUCGAAAAAAUGCAGUCUGAUGUGCCGCUUGAAGUCCCGGCUGCGCUUCGGCGUCGUGUCUUCGCGCAAAAGAAGGCUCUGAGCUAUCCGCUGCCUCAAACCUCGGCGUCGCUGGCUAGUCGUAGUCCUGAGCAGGACCUGCAGAUUGCGACUACAGCUGUCAAAUUAUGGCAAGGUUCGGAGGUCCAAGACGAGCACGAACAGGAAAGCAGCGACUUAUUCUCGAGGCCAGCGUCAUUUACACUACGAAGAGACAGGAAGUCGUUGGCUGCAUUCCUACCUCCAGCCAGGAUGACAUUUGAUAAUUCCUUUUGCGAACGAAAAGAAGAAGAUUUCAAGAGCUGGAAUAGGGCGUCUGAGCAGGACAUCAAAGCCGAGCCAAAUGUUAACGAGGUGGAGAACGUGAACGAUGCUGCCUCUUGUUCUCUUAGGGAGGAUCAUUCCGAAGCGUCUUGUUCAGCAGGCGAGGAUGUUCAACCGCUGGUGCUCCCGCAGGUCCACGUAGUACGUAUGGAAGUUGUCCACUUGCUCUUCAAAAACUAUACGGAAUUACCUCUCGACUUAUUGUGGUCCAAUCCGGUUGCUCCAGCAACAAUGAGCACACCAGUCCACGUUGCUUUAUGUCCUCCAGGUACGGCAGUCACCGUCGAGACCUACCCGACGCAUCAGUGGUCCGUACAAACAACCAUAGAACAAGGCCCGAGUGUCGCGGCAGUUGGAGCUCCACCUAACAGUACUCCAACCACAAGCGCUGGUGGUGAAUCUGUGGGCCGAAAAACAGCUGUUGCACCUCCAGGAAAUCCCAAUGUUCAAACAAGACAAGUGGUUCUGAGCUACACUGUCCAGCAUGGGCAGUCACAGCAAGUGUGUGCGUUUCGUCCACGAACUAAACAUACUGCAGCUAAAACUAUGAAGCGACCUCAAAGAGAGGAAGAAGAGCGCCGAAGAAGUGCUUCUCCUGUGCCUCCUACUUGCGCCGUGACGCCUUUUUUACAGGCGAGUUAUCAUGAAGAUCCUUCUAUCACGUGCACAUCUGGAAGUCCUCCAUCGCCCUCUCCCUCCUCUUCUACGAGAUCUUCAACAAGUGACGAAGUACUAUUGGAGAGGAAGGACCACAUCCACAAGCCGCCAAUGUAUUGCAAUCCUCUGUUGAAUUCGUGGAGCAAAACGGUAAAUGAUGCGCCCGCGUCUUCGAAAGAAGCGGCAACUGCAUCAUCACUCUUGGACGUUGAGAAUGAUGAAUCCUCCUUUGAGGAGAAGGAUCAAGCGAAAGCGACCUGUGCCGUGUGUGAGCGUCGAUUGAGGCCCGGUAGGGCGGCUUUUGCGUGUCGGUGUGGAAAGUCUUUUUGUAUUCGUCACAAGGACGCAGAGGACCACAAUUGUGAUUUCGACUUCCGGAGCGCCGGACAAGCCUUUCUCAAAAAGACCCACCCGAAAAUCGAAGCACCCAGGGUUCAGAAAAUAUGAAAGACUUCUUCAAAUAAGCAUAAGGUUCAGUUUUUUACUUUAUAAAGUUUAGAUUUGUGACUGUGACAGUGUUCAUCACCAACUAAAACUAUGACUAGUCGGCGGCCGACGCCGCUGCCUCCCGCCAUUAUACAUUACACUGAUAGUGAUAAGUAGAUCGCGUAUGUCAGAAAAAGAAUUAUUUCAUUUCGAUCUUGACUCGGACCAGCUAGGCGUACUUGUUCAUCAGGCAUGGCGCAUUUUAUUUUGAUUGUAUGAAAAAAUGCUGGAGCCGUUAAUGUGAUCGUGAGAUUGAUAAAAUAGAAACAAGUAAGUACUUAUGUGACUGAUUGAUCCCAUAUUACUUUCCGGACGACCUUGCUUCGCAUGUUCAAGACAGAAACGGUUUUUCAUAUUUUUAAGUUGGACAGUUAGAGCUAUCAUACCCGCCGGUACAAUUAUCAUUCUCUUCGUUGAAUCUCUAUGGGUGGCCCUAUUGUGCAGUAAGUUUUGAUAUUUUGGUUGUUCUUAGUCUCCCGUAGUGUAACAUUGUUCAGACAAGUUUUUUCUUGUUUGUUACGCCUGUGGUCAUGGUCUUGAUAGGACGAGCUUCGUGGCGCAACUGCAUAGCUGUUAUUCUUGGGUCAUAAUUUUUCAAUUUUCAUUAUACAUGCAGGCUGUGCUCUUCAUCACAUUAACUUCAUCUCCGUGCCGGACCCCCGGGAGCUUCUGACGAUUUUAAGUGUGUAUCUUCAAUGGACACAAAUAAAGGCAAGGUGGACGACGCAUCUGCUAUGAAUGAUCUUGGAUUUUACAAAUUCCUCGCCGAAUCGACGUUCUGACGACCGACUUGGUAAGUCAUUCCGCUCCAGGAAAGCCACGACAGUAAAUUAG